CAGUUUUAUAUAUAGAGAUAUUCCUAGAAAUGUUUUCCUGCAUUUUACAUUGACUUGUUAAUUAGACUUUAUAUUUUUUUAUUCGGGUCAAAAAAGAAAACUGGUCAAUUGGCCCAGCUUGUGUACUUAAAGCGCCAUCUCUUGACCGAAUUGUUGAAGAUAAUAAAGCAGUGCAGUUGAGUAAUUUUAAAUAUUUAGGUUUGUGUAUUAGACAAACAAAAGAUGGUUUCUAUCUUGGAUAGGCACAAAUGAGGUCCAAAUAUUGGAAUAAAAGCGGGCGAGAGAGAGGGAAAUUUCUUAUACUUAAUUGAGUGACAUUUUUUAAAUUUCAAACUUUAUCGUUUAUGCGAACAAAAACUGUUGUUGGGAAAUUUUUUAAAAAUUGGCAGAAGACUAAUCAUAAACUGUGCGAAAAUCAAAUAAUCUUUUCGUUCGUCUUAAUUUAAAAACUGAAAACAUUUUACGUAGAACUAGAUUUGAGAGGAAUAUAUACUUUGUGUGCCCAUAAAGCAUGCCAGAAAAAAUCUUUAAUUUUCCCCCAAGUAGGCUGGGUUCAGUCAGGACAAGCAGUUUUAUAUAUAGAGAUAUUCCUAGAAAUGUUUUCCUGCAUUUUACAUUGACUUGUUAAUUAGACUUUAUAUUUUUUUAUUCGGGUCAAAAAAGAAAACUGGUCAAUUGGCCCAGCUUGUGUACUUAAAGCGCCAUCUCUUGACCGAAUUGUUGAAGAUAAUAAAGCAGUGCAGUUGAGUAAUUUUAAAUAUUUAGGUUUGUGUAUUAGACAAACAAAAGAUGGUUUCUAUCUUGGAUAGGCACAAAUGAGGUCCAAAUAUUGGAAUAAAAGCGGGCGAGAGAGAGGGAAAUUUCUUAUACUUAAUUGAGUGACAUUUUUUAAAUUUCAAACUUUAUCGUUUAUGCGAACAAAAACUGUUGUUGGGAAAUUUUUUAAAAAUUGGCAGAAGACUAAUCAUAAACUGUGCGAAAAUCAAAUAAUCUUUUCGUUCGUCUUAAUUUAAAAACUGAAAACAUUUUACGUAGAACUAGAUUUGAGAGGAAUAUAUACUUUGUGUGCCCAUAAAGCAUGCCAGAAAAAAUCUUUAAUUUUCCCCCAAGUAGGCUGGGUUCAGUCAGGACAAGCAGUUUUAUAUAUAGAGAUAUUCCUAGAAAUGUUUUCCUGCAUUUUACAUUGACUUGUUAAUUAGACUUUAUAUUUUUUUAUUCGGGUCAAAAAAGAAAACUGGUCAAUUGGCCCAGCUUGUGUACUUAAAGCGCCAUCUCUUGACCGAAUUGUUGAAGAUAAUAAAGCAGUGCAGUUGAGUAAUUUUAAAUAUUUAGGUUUGUGUAUUAGACAAACAAAAGAUGGUUUCUAUCUUGGAUAGGCACAAAUGAGGUCCAAAUAUUGGAAUAAAAGCGGGCGAGAGAGAGGGAAAUUUCUUAUACUUAAUUGAGUGACAUUUUUUAAAUUUCAAACUUUAUCGUUUAUGCGAACAAAAACUGUUGUUGGGAAAUUUUUUAAAAAUUGGCAGAAGACUAAUCAUAAACUGUGCGAAAAUCAAAUAAUCUUUUCGUUCGUCUUAAUUUAAAAACUGAAAACAUUUUACGUAGAACUAGAUUUGAGAGGAAUAUAUACUUUGUGUGCCCAUAAAGCAUGCCAGAAAUAGUUUAGCCUUAUCAGAUAAAUUCCUAAAUUAAUUUCUAAAUAAACUCCUACAUUAACACUCUUAUAUUUUAUAAAUUGUUUUUAUCACUGCUAAGAAAUUGGUUAUGGAUUUUAAUAAUGAUAAAAAGCAACGUGGUUUGGGCCCCAGUUUUUUGUUGGAGCGAAAGCAGCGUAUAUCUAUUGAAGGUCGAGGCGAUAUGUACAUCAAGAACACUCAAACCCAGGUUCGCGAGCUGUAUCGGCGCGAGGCUCUAAACGAGCCUCGGCGAAGUUCCUCUUCUAACACCGAUAGCCAAUUGCUGAAGACCAGCCUGGAGGUGAAGGCGCUCAACAAGAAGAUUGAACGUGAGAUUGGCAGAUUGAAGAAUUUCCGUUAUUCUUUCCUAAAGGAUGACCAGAGUCCAGUGCAAAAGCAAAAGCCGGCACCGACAAAGGCGACUGUCAAGCACUUGCAUUGGCGUCAAAAGCUAUUAAGACACCACAAAGGACGCACUUUUGACGAGAGUCCAACGUCUUCCAAUCGGCAAGACCUGCAAAGCAUAGGAUUUUCCUCGCCAGACACUGGCGACAGACGACCAUAUUUUCGGACUAUGUGCGUCGCAUCCUCCCCGAAAUCGAGUGCCAGUGAGCAGGUCGAUUCCAGCCGGCCGACAACUGGCGAUAAUCGUUUGGAUCGAAAACAAAAUCAGCCGGAACAGAAGAUCACCCGCAUGUGUGGUGGCUGUGUCUAUGGACACGGCGAAGACAUGUCGCGGCCAUGCUCAGUCUAUCAGAGCGACUACUGUCAGUACGGUGGCGCCUCCUUUUGUCCCCAGUGCACUCCGAACAGUUAUAGGACCUGUGAUAUGCCCGGACCUGUGCCCAUGCCUUACUCGCCCGAUCCGUUAUACCAAUAUCGCGUAGGGUCAGUUAACCAGCAGCAAGAUUCAAUGAUGACCAGCUGUACGUGUUCCAGGCCGAGCUGUUGCAGGCGUAGAACGGACUUGAAUACGGAUAAGUUCUGUCACAGCUGUGCAGAUCCUUUGUCAAACCGUGAUCGCUCUCCAAAAACUAAAGACAAUUUUCUGUCUAGAUCCCCCUCCCCGCGACCACAAACGCGACGCGUUGGGAAAGAAAAGGGGAGAUCUGAAAGCCCCUAUAAGUACCCAAGUCAGAGAGAACAGCGGCCAAAUCCAGACAAAGUAAUGAAAAUUUCUUUUAGAAAACAGCAAUCGGAAUUAUCCGAGAGCGCCAAGACGAAGCCAGCCAAGGAUAAAAUGAUCAUUAAAGCAUACGUAGCAGCGCAAGCGCCGGCUAUUGAUAGACACCAGAUUGACGAGGAGAAGUUGCGCAUGCACCGCGAGUAUAUGGAAAUGUACAGAAUGGAGCAUGAGAAAACCGCCGGAAAGGAUUCCAGCAUAAAUAUGUCAGAGCUCGGAAUAUCUCCCACCUAUACAAUACUGCCCGUGCAGGAAAGCACAAGUGCAAAACAUUGUCGUUCAUAUAUCGUAGGUACGUCCACAAGUCGUCAGGUGAGGUUUUCACUUGAUCAGUGUAAAUGUGAGGAUCCUUCGGAAGCGAAGAUAUGCCAGGACACGGUUACGCAAACGGUGGUAACAAACAGCCGCAUGCAACAAAUGGAGAACUCCUCCAGCGUCGAGUAUGAAAGCUGUGAGGCUAAGACGGACCAAUUCCAAAAGCGUACGCUAUCCGUUAAGCGGAAUGACGUGGUAAAAACAGUCUCAAGCUGUGAAACGGAUGAAGUAGAAGAGGACUUUCUCGAUGAACGCUCAUCCUACGGUGCGAGCGGAAUGAGCCAGUGGCAACUGGCGCAGCAGCCGCCUUCGAUGACCAACCAGUCCAGUCAAACGUCACCGAAAAUAGCUGGCCCGACAGUUUCAAGCUACAUGUCCCAGUGCCAGGGCAUCAUUCGUAAGCAAACGACAACCCAAACAGAUAUUCAAAGCGACUCCCGCGACUGGCAAGAGUGUCCCGAUAUAUUAACACAUGAGCAGCUCCUAAGCUUGAAUCAGGAAAAUGCUGUUCAAAGACCUACGACAAGGCGCGACUUGGCAACGGUUUCGGAACAACCAACAUUCUCUGGGACCCUCGAACAUUCCUAUAGAAAGGUCGUCCAAAGUGAGCCGGUUAUUCAAUCUCCACGCGCUGAGUUUGCAUAUGACAAUGGCCCAAUCUCUGCAGCUGAACGCCCUGAAGCUUUCCAAUCGCAGCCACAUGUUUGGAUUCAGAACUCGUCAGACGCAACUGUAUCGCCCAGAAAGUGUAUUCCAUGGCAUGAAUUGACGAGCAGUUGUACGCAAAGCCAGCAAAUCUGUCGUGAUAGUUCCGGGGUCCAACAAAAUGCGGUAGACUUCACGGAAGAAAUCUACGAAGAUUGCAAAUGCCCUGGUUCAACCCCAGUGCAUACGGAUUACGGCAACGACAACGUGGACUACAGAAACCAGCACAAUUUACCGCCUAACUUAACAACCACGGAGUACACAAGUUUGGUAGAAUGUCCAGAUUAUAACAGCAUAAAAAGACCUGAUGACUGUGAACCGUUUGAAGAUACUACAGCCGAUUAUGACUCUAUUGUGGAAGAGCUGAGUAAUACUAUGCUGUCCAUGCAAGUGCGUAGUCCGACGCCAACAUUGGACGCAACCUUGACUUGUAGAGACCAAGAUGAACAAGAUUUCAAUCCGUGCGAUGAUUCACAGUACAUUCCACAGCUGGAGGAGCCAGGAGCCUCUGGGCGCGCCUAUUUGUACAGACAAGAGCAGUUAAUACACAACUUCGAGCCUCCACGUCAGGAAUCCUAUGACAGAGAGCAGCUGGCAAUCAGAGAUCAGAGUAGGUCCACCGUUCGCGAGAGGCGGGCACGUUCCGUGACAUUUGAAGAUGAAAGCGGCUUCAGCGAGAGAAGCAACACGGUCAAGAGCUGCCGCAGCGUCGUUGAUUGGGAGCGAGUAUCCCAACAUAGCCUGAGAAGAGACACAGGACAAGAAGACUUUCCUGAUCGCAACGGAUAUGUCGACGAUGGAAGCCCUAUGGAUUCAUACAGAUCGAGCAGCACGGCGGGCACAGAGUUUACGUGUAAUGAGUCCAACUACGGAGACGAUUACAUAACCUGCAAUGAGGCCCAAACGGAACGCGGUAUUCAUAUUGGUAUUCCGCCCUUUACCGGAUGUCCCUGCAUGCACAAUGAGUAUAUGAAGCUGGUUGGCAUGUGUAAGCCAAGACCUUAUGGUGGGCUUAACAGCUGGAACUUGCCGGAUUAAUGUGUUUAGCUUUCGACUUAUAUAUUAACUUGAUGCUUAAAAUAGUUUUCUUACGCUCGCUGCCUAAAUAUUAUAAAUAUAUUUUUGAAUAUUACAAUACAAUAAACUGACAGAUGGGCAUUGCUCUGUACACAGUAC